CCGUAGCUCGUCCCGCACAUAUCCGGUUUGUUCCGGCAUCAGUCGCACACGUGGUGUUUUGAGCAGCUCUGCCGAUUAUAAAUCUGGUCUCUGCUCGGAUAUUCUCGCAAUAAACCGACAGACUUUGUAACUCGCUGUGCGACUGUCGAGAACUCAUCAUGUUCCUGCAGUUUUAUCUGAACGAGAAAGGCGACAGGGUUUACACUCUGAAGAAACAGGACCCGAGUGGCCAGCCCACCAGCUCCGCGCACCCGGCCCGCUUCUCACCGGACGACAAGUUCUCCCGACACCGCGUGACAAUCAAGAAGCGCUUCGGGCUUCUGCUGACGCAACAACCGCGACCCGUGCUGUGAUCGGAACCAUGAACUUUUACACUAUAUAUAAUUUUUUAUUGAUCAAUGUUAUGUUUGUUUUCUAAAGGCAUACUUUUUUGCUGUGUGUACUCAACGAAUCCUCGUGUGAAAUCAAAUAAAAUGCGAAAUUUGUGUAA